AUGCACUUCAGACACAGUCUGGGCCUGCUUUUCAGCGCCACAUGCGUCUUCGCUGCUCGGAAACGUCUCAUCAUCGACACGGAUCUGUACAGCGAUGUUGACGAUACUAGUGCCUUACUGCUGGCUGCCACUUCACCAGACGUGGAGCUUCUCGCCGUCAAUGUAAAUUAUCCCUCCAGUUAUUCAGCCGUCGCCACCUCCACGAUUUUGGCGCAUUACGGUCUUGGCGACAUUCCAAUCGGUAUCGCUCGCCCAUUCACUGACGAUCCGUUCUUCGACGACCGGUACUACGCGCGUGGCGAGUACGCAAGCAAGAUUGCUUACAACUGGCCGAACGGAAGUAUCCCCUGGGGUCUCGCCGACAACGCAUGGGACCCUGUAGUGCUGUACCGGAAGCUGCUGGCUGAGGCUGAAAACGCCAGCGUGACCAUCGCGUCCAUCGGGUUUCUCAACAACCUGUCGGGUCUACUCAACUCAACAGGCGACUCUUACUCUCCGCUCAGCGGGCUAGAGCUCGUCGAGCAGAAGGUCUCGGAGCUGGUGGUCAUGGGCGGUGGGUAUCCCUCGGGCUACGAAUGGAACUUUCGCGGCUUCAACACAUCCCUGACGCGCCAUGUCAUCCACUCGUGGCCGGAGGAUGGCCCCAUCGUCUUUCUCGGCUACGAGGUGGGCGUGGACGUCGUGACUGGCGGGCUGCUCAUGAACAACGGCCCCAAGAGUGAUCCCGUCAGGAUGGCCUACAUCUAUUAUACGUACUUUGCCGGACGGUCAUCCUGGGACCCAUUGACCGUACUGUACGCCAUUCACGGCCUCGGCGACCUGUUUGAGCUCGGGAACGAGUACGGGUACAACUUCAUCGAGCCCAACGGGACAAACCAAUGGGUUUGGGACGAGAGCAGGACCAACCAACACUUCCUACGGCUCAAGGUGGACAAUGAGACUGCUGCUGCCAAUCUGGACAAACUUUAUUAUGAAGGGUCGUUAUCAGCAACGAACCUUACUUCCAAAUAA